GACUCACAUUUCUAUGGAACGAGCACCAGCUGUGUUGCUGUACAGAUGCUGUAUCUAACUUGAGACCCGAGAAGACAGAGCUAAACAGCUCAGCUCACUGUAAAACCUCACAGCUUCUGAAUCAGCAUUGGCAGUAGCUAUAUGUACAGCGAUGGAUUCAGAAGAGUCUGAGGGGGUUACAAAGGGGUUUGUAGGAACCACCAGCACUGAAUAUGUGAUUCUGUGUGACAAAGUGGACGUCAACCACUUUGGUUCACAUUUCAUACCUGCCUCAUACUACACCAUAUUCCUGUUUAGCCUGCUUGGGAAUGGAUUGGUUCUAUAUACCAUGUACAAGUAUGAGAAGCUCAACACUGUGACCAACAUUUUCCUUAUGAACUUGGUGAUCUCCAAUUUGGUUUUUUCUUCAAGUCUGCCAUUCUGGGCUACAUACCAUCUCUCCAGCUGGGUCUUUGGGAGCGCUCUGUGUAAGCUGGUGGGUGCUGUCUUCUUUGUGGGGUUCUACAGCUCAAUACUGUUCCUGACGCUGAUGACCAUCGACAGAUACCUGACUGUGGUUCACCCUGUCAGUACCAGUAAGCAGAGGAAGAAGGCAUAUGCUUUGAUAUGCUCUGCAGUUGUAUGGUGUGUCAGCAUCCUCGCCAAUGUGAAAGAGUUCGUUGUGCUAGAUGUGAUUGAUAGUGAAGAUUUUGGGUUGCUUUGUGAAGAAACCGAGCCUUCAAUAGAAUUCUUUGCCACAUGGAAAGUCAUAGGUGACUACCAAAAUUUUGUGCUGUUUUUCCUGCUUCCCCUUGCCGUCAUUCUUUACUGUUAUGGUCGAAUAAUCAUGAGGAUCAUGCAGACAAGGUUGAAAACAAAGUAUAGGACAGUAAAAAUCAUUUUUGUGACAAUAAUAAUGUUUUUUGCUUGCUGGACACCUUACAAUGUAGUUGUACUGCUAAGAGCUCUCCUGAUUGAGGAUGCCGAUGAAUGUAGCCAACAUCUUGACUAUGCACUCUAUAUUACUCGAAAUAUCAGUUACCUCUACUUCUGCGUUAACCCUGUAUUCUACACCUUUCUGGGGAAAAAAUUCCGGAAUCAUUUCUAUAAACUCUUGGCAAACCAUUCUAUUUGUUUACACAACCAAAUAAUAAGUCAGAGCAGUAAGACUAGCUCUCAAAGGAGUAUGUGUGAAUAGGUGUUUUCUCGUGAUAUGAAUGCAUACAUUAUUUGCACACAGGUUAUUUCAACUACAAAUUUAUAAUGGGCCAUAAUUAUGUAUUAUAGUAGAAUUCAAUUAACAGUAUUUUAAUGGACAAUGUUACAUGUGCAGUGCUCAAAUUCCACAUAAAAAUAAAAUCUUCAAUGCAUCAAAAGCUGCUCACUAGAUUCUCUCACUUUAGGGGCUAGUUUAUAUUCUCCAUAAUUAUACAAAAUUAAAUUAGCAUUGUAUGGUGAAUGGAUUUCAGACAACCAGAUCCUCACAAAUGAAUAAUGUACAAUGUACAUCACAGUAAUGCUUAAUUGACUCACAUUCUCAAAUAACUAAUGCAGCUCUCUAUGGGUUUGUCAACAUGGUUGGUAACAGGGAAAUUUUUAUUAUAGGAUAAAGGGUCCAGUCUUCGAUUAUCUUUUUUCUGUAAGUGUAAAUGUAUUGACUGGUAUCCUGUCCUGUGCCCUAUGUUUUCUGGGAUGGGCUGCAGGCUCUUUAUGAUGCUGUACUGGAGUGCUUUUGGUGCUCAGAUGACUGACACUGCACUUAGAAACAAGAAUAGAGUGAAGCAGUGCAAAAAUGAAUCAUAAAAAACACAUGACAAAUCCCUGUUUGUAUUAAAUAGAAUUAAUUGUAUUGACUGUAAAAAGACCCUAAAU